UUUUGUUUUGGCAUUCAUUCAGAUCGGUUUAAUUCUUAGCUACCAUUAUGGCGUUAUCGGGAGUUUUUAUUUAUAUUCUUUUAGCGUUAAUAACAGCACUAGUUUAUUUUAUACGACAACGCAUGUCAUAUUGGAAACGUCAAGAAAUUCCACACGAUCCACCUGAUUUUCCAACUGGAAAUCUAACUGGCUUCAAGAAGAAAUAUCAUUUAAAAGAUUUAACUAAAGCUAAUUACGAAAAAUUCAAACACACUGGACCAUUUGGCGGGUUCUAUUUCUUUCUCCAACGUGCUGUCGUUGUUUACGACUUGGAUUUGAUUAAAAACAUUUUAAUAAAAGACUUUAAUAACUUUACUGAUCGUGGUUUGUUUCACAAUGAGCGUGAUGAUCCAUUAACAGGACAUUUGUUUGCGUUGGAUGGACCGAAAUGGAAACAUUUGAGGAAUAAAAUGUCACCAACUUUUAGUUCGGGCAAAAUGAAAGGAAUGUUUCCAAUAGUCUUAUCAGUUGGAGAACGACUUAAAGAGACAUUCGACACCAUGGUUUCAGAAGACUCAAUUAUCGACGUUAAAGAUAUUCUAGCUCGAUUUACUGUCGAUGUUAUUGGAACUUGUGCUUUCGGUCUAGAAUGUAACAGUCUCAAAGAUCCAGAAGUUGAAUUUCGAAUAAUGGGAGUGAAAAAUUUCACUCAACCACGUCAUAACAAACUAAUUGACGGAUUUAUCUUUAGUUUUCCAAAAUUGGCCAGAACCUUACGUAUGCGACAAAUUCAUGAAGAAGUUCAUCAGUUUUAUAUGAAAGUUGUGCGAGAAACUGUCGAGUAUCGUGAAAAGAAUUCAAUCAAACGAAACGAUUUUAUGAAUUUGCUGAUUGAAAUGAAGAAUUCCGAAGAAGGAUUGACACUUAACGAAGUUGCAGCUCAGUCGUUUCUAUUUUUCAUCGCUGGUUUUGAGACUUCAUCCUCGACAAUGGGGUUUGCUCUUUACGAAUUGGCAUUGAAUCAAAAUGUUCAAGAUAAACUGAGAGCUGAAAUUAAUACUCAAUUUGAUAAGAAUCGAGGAAAAAUGACUUAUGAAAGUAUGGCUGAGAUGCAUUACAUGGAUAUGGUAAUGAAAGAAACUCUUCGAAAAUACUCGAUUGUAACAAAUCUUGUGAGGCAGGCAUUGAAUGACUAUCCCACUUCAAAACCUAAAUAUGUGAUUCCAAAAGGAGUUAUGGUAUUAAUUCCUGCUGAUGCUAUUCAUCAUGAUCCAGAGAUUUAUCCUGAUCCAGAAAAGUUCGAUCCGGAACGAUUUAGUCCGGAAGAGACUCAGAAACGUCAUCCACUUACUUGGCUGCCCUUCGGUGAUGGACCGCGUAAUUGUAUUGGACUGAGAUUUGGCAAAAUGCAAACUUAUAUAGGACUCAGUUUUCUUUUGAGACAUUACAAAUUUCAUAUAUCUUCAAAAACUCCAAAUCCUCUGCAAUUUGACAAUGAAAAUAUUCUUAAUUCAGUUAAGGGUGGUAUUUUCUUACGUGUAGAACGAAUUUGAAUGUGAUAUUGAAAUUUCUAUUAAAAAAAUUAAUUUAA